AUGAUAAUGAUGAAGGUGUUUGUUCUUAUUUCAUUUCUCUCUUUAUCAUAUUCAAAAACCAGCUUUAUGCCCAACUUACCUUUGGGAGAAUAUCGUAUAGUAUUUGAAAAAAUAUAUUCUUGUGAGUCAACACAUUUAAUUCAAAUUAAUGUUUUUAUUAAUAAAAAGACAUUAAGUAUCACUGAGCUGAAAGGAAAUUUUACAUUUUUAUUACCUUUGGACGAUACUCUUACACUAGAUAUAAAUGUUGCGUCUUGGAGUUCUAUUGGCGGUUGGAAACCAAAUUCAAUGGUUUUUGUCACAAAGAGAGCAUGCAGUUUUGGGAAAAAAGUCUUAGGAAACGUAUCGAAUACAAUAGCUAAAGCUUUUAACUUUUUUAAUACUAGCUGUCCAAUAGUAGCGGGAACAUAUAUAACAACAGGUGUUCACUUGGAGGAAUUAGCAGAUCAUAACUUGCCCAAGGUGUAUUUUUACGGAAAAUAUAAAUCAACGUUAAAGAUAAAAAAUGAAAAAAAUAAAGUAUUGGGUUGCAUCGUAAUAGAGUGUAGUCUUAUACGACCAUGGGAAAAACCAAUUUGA